AAAGCACCGUCGCAGCCACAAAUGAGAGCCCUCGCGGAGGGAACUCCGCUAGCGAGUGUGGAGAAGUUUGCAAAGUUCACAUAAGCGCUUCCGAAGAUCGCGGUGUUCAGUGGAAUACAAAAUUCAUUUCAUCUGUUCGUAUGUUGUGUGUAUUUUGAAUUGUUUUUUAUUUCCAGACAUUUUAGAUCUGUACGACCUACUUAAUUACUUGAUUGUUCUCUGUGAAAGUUUUUAACCUAAACUUGGGUUUGAAGUGCUAGUCAUAGUUUAAAGUUGGGUUCUAAUCUAGCGUACCAGAACUUGCACCGUGCAUGUAUUAGAUUCUAUUUCGACAUCGUUCCCUAGGUUUGAAGGUAUUCUAGAUCUAGAUCUAGAUUUUCUACCUCAUUCUAGAUUUGUAAAUAUUGAUGAUGAUGUUAUGAAAUUCGAGACGUUAAUAUUCAAAAUAUUCUGAAUAUAAAAGCACGAUAUCUCAGCUACGGUGUUCUUCUUUCCCUUGUCUAGAUGUGCGAUUAAAGUUCGGGUUGCACGCCGUGUACCUGUGAUUCACACUUGAUUUUCUUUCCCGUGACACCCGAAUGCAUUCUUCAUAGAGGCAACUUGUUGCCUAUAUACAGAUCACAGAGGCAGCUUGUGGAUCAUACUGCUGUUGUUCGCAUGGUUGGAAUAUUUUGUGAUGCACAUCAGGAAAGUUGAACAGUGGAUAACGUGAUACGAUUAUCUUUUCUCUGAGCUUAUCCCUUGUCACAAAACACUUUGGAUAUCAGGACAGCAAUACAGUUUCAGUUAUCAACCGGAUGUGGCCUGGAUACAUUUAAACAUUUCUUAAAUUUAAAGAAACAUCGCAACAACCAUGACCACGUGACCAGCAAGAAUGGAGUUACGAUGGGUAACGUAGCCAAGGCUAACAACGCCAUGAUAUCUUAGAGUUCUGUAGAAAGAUGGGAUAUUACUGGUCAUUUCUGUUGGUCAUCAAUUGUUUAAUUGGAUUUCCCACUUCAUUUUGCCAAGCUCCUUAUUUUGAGUCAAGGUCGGAAACGGAGUACAGAAGUCUGAUUGGUGAAAAGGUCUUGUUGCCAUGUAAAGCUUUUGGCACUCCCCGACCGUUUUACCAGUGGUUCCGAAAUGACUCUCGGAUACACAACUAUCAGGAUAACAGGAUCAAAGUGAGGAGACACGGUCUGGAGAUUGUGAACGCCCUAGAGAAAGACUCUGGGACAUAUGGGUGUCAUGUUUCUAACCAGUUUGGUGAGGAAUGGCUGAAUAUGUCAUUGGUGAUUAAAGAUGAAAAGGGAAUGAAUAUCUACCUGGGUAAUAACGAGAGUUCAAGAUACGUGGAUAACAGGACUAGCGGCCAAAAAGAUAUUAUUCGAUGGGGUGAGAAGAUGCAAUUCAUUCAGGGUAAACAAGGAACAGCCACUUCUUUCAUCAUGCUAGAGUGUCAUCCCAAAGGGAUUCCAGAGCCGACUUUGACCUGGUACAAGAAUGACAAACCCCUGGUCAAGUCUGAAAGGAUUUCAUUUCAAAAAUACAAGGUCAGUAUAGCUGACCUGGUGUUGUCUGAUGCUGGGAAUUACACCUGUGUGGCCAGUAACACGCUUGCUUCAUUGAAUUGGACUUUCAGUGUGGAGAUCAAUCAGAGAGUGCCACAUGUCCCCCUUGUUGCUCAGCCAGAUAAUGUCACUCUUCCCCUGGGUAGCACUGCAGUGUUUUAUUGCAGGAUCCAAGUCAGCGACACACACCCUCACAUUCAAUGGAUUAAACAUUUGAAGGUCAAUGGCUCUUACAAUGAUAGCUACUUCCAAGUUGUUCAGACUCCUACAAUCAACAACAGUAAUCCUGAGCAACUUAUUAUCUAUAACAUAACCUAUGAUGAUGAAGGAAAGUACACCUGUAUUGUCCGCAAUGCUGUUGGCUCAUCUUACAAAUCAGCAUACUUAAAUAUCAAAACUGGAGAUGAUGAAUUGACCCCAUCAGCAAGCACAUUAGCAAAAGAUUCUUUCCAGGAGAAAAUUUACUAUAUAAUCAUUGGUGUAUCAGUUCCCAUAAUAGUAAUCUUAAUCAUCUUUGUGAUUAUAGUGAUAAAACAGUACAAACAGAAAACCACUCCUAAUCAACAACCGAUCAAGCGUAUAAUCAUCAUGAAGUCUAAUGACUUGUAUUGUGAUAACAAAGAUCCAGAUGCCAUUGCACCACUUAUGGUUCCUCAAGUUCGAAUUGUUGAUGGUUACACAAGUGGUCGUCGCCGUCGUCUCUCCUCAGAUUUUACUGAAGUUUCAGAAUAUCAUAUUCCUUAUGAUAGUAAAUGGGAGUUUCCCAGGGAGAGACUAAAAUUAGGUCAACGACUUGGUGAGGGUGCUUUUGGGCUUGUGGUCAAGGGGGAAGCCUAUGGCAUGGAGAACAAAAACACUCCAACCACAGUGGCAGUGAAAAUGUUAAAAAGAGAUGCAACUGACCGUGAAAUGACUGACCUGGUCCGAGAGAUGGAAACCAUGAAGAGCAUAGGAAAGAAUAAAAACAUUAUUAAUCUUCUGGGCUGCUGUACUCAGAGAGGUCCUCUAUAUGUCAUUGUGGAGUUUGCGCCAUAUGGAAACUUGAGAGAUUUCUUGAAGACUCACCGACCAGCAAAUCCUAUUUUCCCAACAAUAACAAAUGAUUAUGAAACUCCAGCUGUACCUUCAGAGACUUCUGAAACACAAGCAUUAACACAAAAAGAUUUGAUAUCUUUUGCUUUCCAAGUAGCCAGAGGAAUGGAAUAUCUAGCAUCUAAACAGUGCAUCCAUCGAGAUCUGGCUGCUCGAAAUGUGUUAGUUGCUGAAGAUUUGGUUCUUAAAUUAGCUGAUUUUGGAUUGACACGAAAUCUUUCUGCUGCUGACUAUUAUAAAAAGACAACUGAUGGGAGACUACCAGUAAAAUGGAUGGCCCCUGAAGCUCUAUUUGACAGGAAGUAUACAUCUAAAAGUGAUGUGUGGUCUUAUGGAGUUCUAUUGUGGGAAAUUUUUACAUUGGGAGGUAAUCCUUAUCCUUCAGUGCCAGUUGAGGCACUCUUUGCUCUUUUGAAAGAAGGCCACAGGAUGAAACAACCUCCUUAUGCAUCUUCAAAGAUGUAUAGCAUAAUGCGGGAUUGUUGGCAGGAAGAUCCUGACCUUCGACCUUGCUUUAAAACUCUGGUCCAGAAACUGGAUUUAAUGCUCAGUUCUUCUUUGCAACAAGAGGCUUACCUCCAUCUUGAACCAUUGGAAAGUCCUAUGAGUACAUCAGACUCACAGUACUCUUCCAUGAGUCACAGUAGUACUAGCAGCAGCAGUAGUGAUCCCAAAAGCCAGUGCUCUGAUAGCAACUCAGUUAUCGCAUAGCGUCUCAAACAUUUGGCUUGUGACUUAUCUGAGAAAUGAAAGUGGAAAUUCUCUGAGACAUAUGCUGAGUUUCUGAAAUGUUGGACAGUUGUUUUCAGAGGCUCCACACAUGAACAUGUGCCAAAUCAUAAAAAGAAAUCCAGACUCUUUUUUUGUAUGUAAAUACUAAAACUAGAAGUUGAUUUCCUGGGUGAAAUGUCUAUUUAUAAUGGUUCUACUCAGAGAUUGGCUAUUAUUCUUACUUAGCUAUCACACAUCUAUUUUGUGUCAGCCACAAACAGGACAUUCGAGACAUGAAAAUAAAACCCCAGAAGAUUGAUGAAAGCUAUAUUGGAAAUGCUGUUCAAGGCCAUAAUUUAAUCUUCAAACAAGAAUUUGGUGAAGAGACUACACAAUUCAUGUUGAAAGCAGUUAUCAGUAUUAUCUCCAUCACAGCUUUCUGUUUGGCUUAUACAGUUUGUUAUGGAAAAACAACAA